GCACAGGCGCAGCCAAACUUCGUUGUGGAAUCUACAAGUUAACAUGGCAGCAAUGAGCCCUGGACAUACAGGCAAAUAAAGAAACCAGGGGUUCCAAUCCAUUAUCAGGAUGGCACAUCAACGUCAUUUAGAGAAGGAAAAGUACAGACAAUGGGUGAAAGCCGGACUUGGUUUAGGAUAUUUAAAAGAAGGACUAUCGCCUUUUUGUGACGACGUCGCCAAACAACAGCAUAAAGACAUCUUAGAUAACAUUAAACAGACAAAGAAUCUAUCGACUGUGACAUGUGGUCAGUGUGCUCUGAGAACUCUCAAACCUGACCAUGUUAAAAUAGGAAAGAAUCAAUGUCCUUAUGGCCAAGCUAACUGUAACUGCUGCUAUACGACUGGUAAAAUUGCUUGUCCAAACAACGUAUGUGGCGCCAUCUAUGACAACAUUAUAACUAACCAUGCGUACACACCACCAGCUCCUUCUUGGAAAAACACCCAAUCUCAGCAGUGGACUGGAGAUCCGUGGAGUAUAGCUAAAUGUUUCAUCAACGCUCCUGGAUAUGAUCAGAAGACAUCAGCAGCCGACAUCGACUGCACGGGAUUACUGCAUGUGAUUAUCAACAACAAAUAUUUUCAUAAUCACAUUCUGUGUAAUUUAGGUGGAGCCAAUGUAUUUCUAAAGGUGAGACAAUACAGAAACGAGAUUUUCCACUCAAGCACCAUGGAAUUAGAAGAGGCAGAUGCAAAUAGAUACAUAGAUGAUAUGAUUGCAGUGCUGGAAGAUGGUAAGGAACUGAUCAGCCGAAAAGAUGCUCAGGACGCCGUAAAGAAACUUGAAGAGCUGAAGAAUGACGAUUUCAUCAUAACCACUGAAAAUAUGGAGAAAGUUCUUGGAGAUAUCAAAGAAGAAUUAAUGGAAGCUAUGAGAAAAUCAACAGAAGGUCUUGCGACUAAGGACGAUUGUGACGAUCUCAAAAUGAAAAUGUCUACACUGGAAUCUCUCAUGUCUGAAAUAAUGGAGGAAAUAAAAAGACCAAAGACAGAUGAUUUUGCCAAAAAGGAACAGUCGGAUUACGAAAAGUCCAAGUUAGAGUUACAGACAAGUUUGAUAGAGUUUUACAGUGAAGAUGUGCUACACAUGUCUGCACUUCCACAACAACAGGAGGGUAAUCUGUGUGACUUUAAAGAUUUGUACGUCAGACCACGAAUGGUAAUUGAAUCAAAGGGUAACAAACAAACAGAGGAGACUGCUGUUCUAUCAAUGUCUGAUAUUUUCCAAAAAGACCGUAAACCUUUAAAAAAAGUCUAUGUCCUCGGAGAAGCGGGAUCAGGUAAAAGUAGUUUCUGUAAAAGUUUGGUAAAUUACUGGUGUUUGGCACAUUCUGAUGAAGGACAAAUUAUUGACGAUGAGUUCAGUGGCGUCAGGGAAAUGAAGAAAUUUAACUUUUUGUUUCUUCUUCCUCUCCGUCAUUAUACACAUAAGGUAAAAAUAAAAGAAAUGCUGGAGGAAAAGUACGAUCAUCCUGUUCUAACGAAGCUUCUUGAAUGCGAGUCUCAAACCUGUCUCGUUGUUCUUGAUGGUCUUGAUGAAUGGACUUCUCAAGCGUCAAAACGUCCUCCUGAACGAGACUCGUUGAAGCAGUAUACCGUCAUAACUACGUCACGACCCUGGAAAAUUGCAACGUUAGGAAUAAGCGAUACAGAGAUACGACAUAAGAUUGUCCUUAAGGGGUUUGAUGAUAAAACAUCUUUAAGGAACAUGAUUGGAAAGACAGUUCCAAUAUUAAACAAAACGUUUGAAAAAGACAAAGUUUCAAGUGAUUGUGAAAAGGCGCUUGAAAACAAAUCUGUGAAAAAUCUAAAACAUACAGCGAUUAUGCUGCAGCAGUUGAUUUGCCUGUGGUUUGACGACAAACUUCAUGAUGAAAUCUCCAGAUGUGCGCUAUACACUGAAAUGCUGGAGCUUUUCUUUGAUUGGCACAAGAAAAACUCCGACGAUCCUCUGUUCACAAAAAUGAUGAAGAAAUCAGAAGACCUGAAAAAUGUAAAACUUCCUCUCUGUCUGAGAGAUUCUGAAGUCUGUAAAUCACAUAGUUAUAUCAUUCAUGAUGUUUCAAGGUUAGCUUAUGAAACACUGUUCAAUAACACGAAAGAAACGUCUUUGUCAUUUGAUAGUUCUACCUUUGAACAAAAGAAAAUAUCAAAAGAUGUAAAAUCAUGUUGUUUGAAAUUGGGAAUCUUGUCUGAAGAUAAAUGUCAGAGUUUGUCUGCAAGUAGAAGUAGAAGAUCGGUCAUUUCGUUUGUUCACAAGUCAUUUCAAGAAUAUUUGGCUGCUGUAUAUAUUGCUAUCUGUUUCGAAGAACGUAUCGCGCCGUUCCCAGAUUCGGUAAACACAGAUUUAUCUGGUCAUUGUGUACAGCAUAUUACAGACUUUUUCAGUAAGUGCAUAGCAUUGGAUGAAAUCUUAGAACAGGAAAAUGUAUUAAUUAUGCUAUGUGGUCUAGAGCCUCAAAUCGCUUCAUCCGUUUCAAAGUAUAUAUACGAUAUUGUUACAACGGACAAACGUGUAUUGCAACACAGACGAACAAUAGAUAAUCAUUUUAAACAUACAUAUCUUAUCUCAACAGUCCAGAAAUGUAUUUUUAAAUGUAUAGAAGAAAUGCAAGCAUGUAUACAGUCCAGCCUUAAUCUAGGUGACAUAUUCGUUCAAAGUACGUCCGAUUGCGAGCGUUUAUGUAAAAUUUUUGAAAAGCAAUUUAUUUCUCCUGACAGUGUCGUUGAGUUCAUUAUUGGUUCCUUGGUUAAGGUUUUGCCAAGUACAUAUAGCAUUUACAUUUAA